ACCUACAAUGAUGUGCAUGUGAACUUCACUGGAGAAGAGUGGGCUUUGCUGGAUCCUUCCCAGAGGAAUCUCUACAAAGAUGUAAUGCUGGAGACCUACAGGAACCUCACUGCUAUAGGCUACAAUUGGGAAAGUCAUAAUAUAGAAGAGCAUUGUCAAAGUUCUAGAAGACACACAAGGUAUGAAAACAAUCAUUGUGCAGACAAACUCCCUGAAGAUACUCAAGAUGAAGGCUUUGCACAUCACAGUAGUCCCCACACAUGUAAAAGUAUGCAUACUGGUGUGGAUCACUAUGAAUGUCGCCAAUAUGGUAAUGCCUUUGCACAUAAAAGUCAGAUCCUAAGUCAUAAAAGUAUACAUAUAGGAGAGAAACCUAAUGAAUGUAACCGAUGUGGUAAAGCCUAUGCAUCUAACAGUGGUCUCCAAAGACAUAAAGGAGCAACUCACACUGAAGAAAAACCUUAUGAAUGUAACCAAUGUGGUAAAGCCUUUGUACGUAACAGCCAUCUCCUAAUACAUAAAAGAAUUCACACUGGAGAGAAACAUUAUGAAUGUAACCAAUGUCGUAAAGCCUUUGCAUUUCACAGUAAGCUCCUGCGACAUAAAAGAACUCACACUUGUGAGAAACCUUAUGAAUGUAACCAAUGUGGGAAAGCCUUUGCAAAGAACAGUAAGCUCCUAGUACAUAAAAGAACUCACACUGGAGAGAAACCUUAUGAAUGUAAUCAGUGUGGUAAAGCCUUUGCAUCUAACAGUGAUCUUGUAAGACAUAAAAGAACUCACACUGGAGAGAAACCUUAUGAAUGUAACCAAUGUGGUAAAGCCUUUGCAUCUAACAGUGAUCUUCUAAGACAUAAAAGAACUCACACUGGAGAGAAACCUUAUCAAUGUAACCAAUGUGGUAAAGCCUUCGCACAGAACAGUCAUCUCCAAAAACAUAAAACAUCUCACACUGGAGAGAAACCUUAUGAAUGUAACCAAUGUGGUAAAGCCUUUGCAUCUAACAAUGAUCUUCUAAGACAUAAAAAAACUCACACUGGAGAGAAGUCUUACAAAUGUAACCAUUGUGGUAAAGCCUUUGCAUGUAACAGUAGUCUCCAAAAACAUAAAACAUCUCACACUGGAGAAAAACCUUAUGAAUGUAUCCAUUGUGGUAAAGCCUUUGCAUGUAACAGUAGUCUCCUAAUACAUAAAAGAACUCACACUGGAGAGAAACCUUAUGAAUGUAACCAAUGUGGUAAAGCCUUCGCACAGAGCAGUCAUCUCCUAAUACAUAAAAGAACUCACACUGGAGAGAAACCUUAUGAGUGUAACCAAUGUGGUAAAGCCUUCGCACAGAGCAGUCAUCUCCUAAUACAUAAAAGAACUCACACUGGAGAGAAUCCUUAUGAAUGUAACCAAUGUGGUAAAGCCUUUUCACAGAACAGUCAACUCCUAGUAAAUAAAAGAACUCAACCUGGAGAGAAACCUUUUGAAUGUAACCAGUGUGGUAAAGCCUUUGCAGAGAACAGUGUUCUCCCAAGACAUAAAAAUCUAUGUGGCAGAAGAUCCUUAUGA